GAGCUCCUUUACCUUGGGGGUUUUCUGGCAAGAAUGGUCUAUGAUUCUGAGAUGAACAAAGUAAGCGAUGCGUGGUCGAAGUUGAGCAAAGCAGAGGCGGAAGCGCUGGCAUUGUACACGAUGAAGUCCUUCAUCUUUCAUCCCACCACACCCGAUUCGAAGGUGUCCCGUAUCAUCAAGGAUGCAUUCUUCGCUUGCUCGAACACAGAUAAAUUUCCGUUUAUCUCGAAUCGAGGCAUUCGACACACAAAGGACAUCCGUCUUUACCAUAAUCAUUUCGAUCCCUUCAUGAGCACUCCAGUGUUGCCGGUCGAACUGCGUCCCAUAUUAACACCCAUGAUGCUUCCUGAUUAUCUCCGGGUCGGCCCGUACACCUUCAAAGAUGUCGUGAAGGAACUUGAUUCUCGGUGGCUGACUGAGACGGAGAUGGCUGCUUGCUUGCGUUGGUGGACCAAC